AUGUCUGAAGCUAUUGUAAAUGUAACUGGAACUUAUAAUACAUAUUCUCAACCUCAAUUAGCUGCUAUUAAUUUAUCGAUUUCAUUUAUUCAUCAAGCAAUUGAUGCUUUGAAUAUUGAUAAUUCAUUAUUAAAUAAUCCAUUAAUUAUUGCUGAUUUUGGUACAUCUCAUGGUGCAAAUUCAAUUUAUGCUAUAAAGUUAAUAAUUAAUUAUUUACGUGAAAAGAAAAAAGAUUAUCGAGAACCUUUAGUUAUUCAUAAUGAUCUUCCUACAAAUGAUUGGGAAAAAGUUUUUAAACUUCUCAUUAAUGAUAAUUCUUAUAAGGCUGUAGCUAGUGGUCAUUCGUUUUAUGAACAAUGUAUACCUAAUAAUUCUCUUUCAAUUGGUUAUUCAUCGACAUCAAUACACUGGUUAUCAAAAAAACCAUGUAAUAUUUCAAAUCAUUGCGUAUCUUUAUUUGCUAUUGAUGAUGAAUUAAUUGCAUUUAAAUCACAAGCACGCACGGAUUAUAUGAAUUUUCUUGAAAAUCGAUCACAUGAAUUAAUUUCAGGUGGUAUUCUUAUACUUGCUAUACCGUCACUUAAUGAUCAAGGAAAAUGUGGAAAUCAAAAUGCAAAAAAUCUUCUUUAUACAUGUGCUGAACAAAUAGGUUUAACAUCAGAAGAAUUACUUAAUUACACAAUUCCAUCACAUAUUCGUUCAUAUGAUGAAUGUGUUGAUGAAAAGCUUUUUAAUCAAUAUUCAUUUCAAUUAAUAAAAGCAGAACUUCAUAGUAGUACAAUAAAUUUCUAUGAAGAAUUACAAGUUGGACAAACAACACUCGAAGAAUUUGCUCGAAAUCGAACUGAAUUUAUGCGUCCUUGGUGUGAACCAAUAUUGAAAACAGCUCUCGAAAUAAAUAAACAACAUUCAAAAGAAGAAAUUGAUCAACUUUUGAAUCAAUAUUGGAUCAUAUACAAAUCAAAAAUCGAAGAAAAACCAGAUGAAUACAAAUCCUAUUUAAGUUAUACCUAUUUAAUUUUAAAAAAGAAUUAA